AUGGGAAAGUCGCAGAGCAAACUGUCCACUGACCAGCUCAAGGAACUCCAGCAAUGCACCCACUUCGAGAAGAAGGAGCUCCAGCAAUGGUACAAGGGCUUCAUCAAGGAUUGCCCCAGCGGAGAGUUGGACAAGCCCGAGUUCCAAAAGAUCUACAAGCAGUUCUUCCCCUUUGGUGACCCGUCCAAGUUUGCGGACUAUGUAUUCAAUGUCUUUGACUCGAAUAAGAACGGUCGCAUCGAGUUCAAAGAGUUCAUCGUCGCCCUCUCUGUCACCUCACGUGGCAACUUGGAGGACAAGCUGCAAUGGGCGUUCCAACUGUAUGAUAUCGACAACGACAACAUGAUCACAUACGACGAGAUGUUGAAGAUUGUGGAUGCGAUCUACAAGAUGGUCGGAACGAUGGUCAAGCUGCCCCCAGAUGAGGAUACCCCCGAGAAGCGUGUCACCAAGAUCUUUUCGCUCAUGGAUAAGGAUCAGAACGGACAGCUGAGCUUUGAGGAGUUCAAGGAGGGCUCGAUGAAGGACCCUACCAUCGUCCAGGCCUUGUCUCUUUAUGAUGGACUUGUCUAA